AUGGCGGAGACCCUAAGGCAACAACAGCAACAACCACCACCACCACCAGUACCUCUACCUGCAGUACAAGAUGUUCAUGUUGAGGACCAAACCAUCACACUCACAAAGGAGUUUAAAAAGAUGAAACCACCGUCAUUUAAGGGGGGAAUAGAACCUAUGAAAGCAGAAGCAUGGGUGCUGGGAAUAGAGAAAUUGUUCGAAGUAUUUCCAUGUACUGAAGCCCAGAAAGUGCAACUUGCUGCCUUUACUCUUGAAGAUGAGGCGCGAAGAUGGUGGAUGCUUACAAGAACAGUGCAUCAGGACUUAACAUGGGGUAGAUUUCUGGAGCUGUUCUAUGAUAAGUAUUUUCCUCAAAGCAUGCGAGAUAAGAAGGUGACGGAAUUUGAGACUCUUAGACAAGGAAAUAAGACUGUUGCAGAAUAUGAGGCCCAAUUUGCUGAAUUAGCUCGGUUUGGACCUCAUAUGGUAGAUACAGACUAUAAGAAGGCACGGAAAUUUGAAGGGGGAUUGCGGGGUGCUAUUUUAGACUGGGUCAAUAUGCUAAAAUUACCCACAUAUGUUGAGGUGCUAGAAAGGGCUGUUAUCGCAGAAGGAAACCUUGCGGCCCAGAAUCGGAUUUCCGAGUGGAAAGGGAAGAGACAAAACAACCAAUGGUCAAAGAGAUCCGUUACUCCACCCGCUAAGAAGCACAAUUCAGGGAACUUCAGCACCACUACUUCUACUCAAAAUUCCACUCCGGUGUGUCCAGAUUGUGGAAGGCAACAUCGAUGA